AGGAAGAAAAAGCAAAACUUAAAACGAAGAAGAAAAACAAGAACAAAAGCGAAAUGUACACGGUAACGCUGUCCUCGCUUGAGUAUUCGCUUCUAAAAGCGCCUAACUUCAUUUAACGCAAUUUUGGGAUUUUAACUAGCUGAUAGAUUAAUUAUUUUGACAAAUAAUGCGAUUUCUUAUUAUUUAAAUCUUAAUUUAGAUACAUGGUUUUGAAUAAAGUUAGAGUUUGUCGGCAAUAAACGAGUAUAGUCAUGGCUAUAGCGCACGCGGCCACGGAGUACGUGUUCGCGGAUUUUGUGCUGAAGGACCCGGCGUCAGAAAACAGGUAUAAAGGCAUUCGCUUAGAUUUAGCCCUGGAUAAAAUAGUCACCUGUGUCGCCGUGGGUCUACCUUUGCUUCUCAUUUCUCUAGCCUUCGCUCAGGAAGUUUCUGUCGGUACACAGAUCAGUUGUUUCGCCCCUACAGCGUUCUCAUGGCGUCAGGCAGCUUACGUGGAUUCAUACUGUUGGGCAGCAGUGCAGAAACAGGACACUGGAGGCCUUCCUUUAUGGCUGCAUAAGUUUUUCCCUUAUAUCCUGCUGCUGGUGGCAGUGUCAGUUUACAUGCCAGCGUUGUUUUGGCGGUUUACAGGAGCCCCGGUGCUUUCUUCUGACCUCACAUUUAUAAUGGAAGAACUGGACCGUUCCUACAACAGAGCCAUCAAAUUGGCUAAAUGCCUUCACACUGCAGGAAAAGUAGAAACACCGCCAGCUCCAGUGGAUACAAACAGCUCUGUGAUAGACCUCACUGAGAGCUAUUUUAAAUAUCCUCUGGUGGAGCAGUACUUGAGGACCAAGCGCUACUCUAAAGGAUUACUGAUCCGCUACCUUCUUUGCCGCACCAUCACUGUCUUGGCCCUCACUCUAGCCUGCAUCUACCUUUGCUAUUACAUCAGCCUCUCCACCACCGAUGAGUUUUCGUGUGACAUCCGCUCUGGUGUGGUUGUCAAUGACUCCUCCGUGCCUCCAGCCCUGCAGUGCAAGCUAGUUGCUGUGGGCAUCUUUCAGCUCCUGAGCUACAUCAAUCUUUCAGUGUAUUUGCUGCUGUUGCCAUUGUGCAUGUUUGCCAUGUUGGUUCCAUUCAGAAGGACCAAGGGCUUCCUGAAGCCUUUCGAGAUGUUGCCCACAAUAGGUGUGAUGCAGUUUGGGCAGGCGACCUGGGAUGAUCUUGCUCUGUAUCUGCUGUUUCUGGACGAGAACCUCAGUGAGCUGAAGAGCUAUAAGUGCCUUAAGGUAUUAGAGUUGUUAAAAGAGCAGGGAGAUGAGUCUUUUGACCCCAUGUUGCUGUUGCGGACACUUGGACAGGUUAAAACAGAUGUGGUGGACGGCAGAUUACCGCAAAAGGACCAGAAAAUCUCCAGCACUAAUAAUGGGGACACAGAGCUGAAAGAGUUUGCUCCUCUGCUGCCGGAGGACUGCUUGCGAAAGCAUGAAGACGACAAGGCUGUCCGCCAGAGGGUCAUCUAAAUAGCCAUUUAUAGCAUAUGCUGACUGUCUGCAUUGUAAUGACAAGUGGAGGAGAAACAAUGUGAAAGUUUUGUCCUUUCUUAAAUGACUAAGUUUGCACAAAAAUUCAGUUUUUGUGCUUUUUGUAAUGGGGGGGGGGGGGGGG